AUGGAAGAAAGCAUUCGGGGAGUCCUCGUCCCUUGCCGACUACCACUUGGCGUGCUGUAUUCUGUUUAUAUAUAUAUCCCUGUGAUGUUGUUGGUCCUUCUUUACUCCAUCACCAUCAUCAAGCUCAAGACACAGUUACACCCAGGUGAACAGUCCGCGAACACUCAGCAACAGAGGAACAAACGAAACAGAAACGUGCUUCAAUUGUCCAUUGCUAUCGUGUUAGUUUUUGUGUUUUACAGGUUACCUUAUGCUACUAACUUUUUAAUCAUAGGGUAUCGAGCCAGUUCCAUCCAUCCGUUUUCCUGUCGUUUUUGGCUAUACUGUUAUGUCACCUACUAUAUGGCGGUCGGGUACUGUGCUAUCAACCCGAUUAUUUGCUUUGUUUUUAGCAGUAAUUACCGACAAGGUCUUAAAAGACUCAUGAACUGUUCUUAACUGUUAUGUUGUACAGGCGUAAGUCGCAAAAAUUUGCUUUAGAAUGAAUAUGUUAAGAGUUGGAGGUUCGUGGAACCGCACUUUAGCACUGUUCUUAACUUUUGUACAGGCGAAAGUUGCAAAAAUUUGCUUGUGAAUGAAUAAUAUAUGUUAAGAGUUCGAGGUUCGUGGAACAAUUGCAAAUGAAAACUAAUGUAUCCUGCUACUGUACUAUAAGGAGGUUAGUAAAAUGUAUUCAUUAUAUGACUUCGAAAAAUGACGGCAUGUUUGGCACAGGAGUAACGUAAGUGUUUGUAUAGCAAAGGGCUUAGAAUAAAUAAAUAAAUAAGUAUGCUUAUCUGAUGUUGAUUUCUUUUUCUUCUAAUAAGUUUCAGCGCGAUUUGAGCGGCGGUACCGGGCGGGGGGGGGGGAGGAUACUCCUAGAAAUUCUUGGUCGGGGUGUGCCGCACAGUUCUCCAAAUCAUGACCUUAUUUCAGACCAAACAUUUUAUAUUUUGACUGCACUACACAACAUCAACAGACAAAAUGUAAAGGCAAAUAAGUUUAUUUGGGGACGGCUUAGCGAGAACCAACCCUAAAAGUACGUAUGAAAUACAGCAGUAGGUAAAUAACUAAUAUACAACACUCGUAAAUAAACUAGCUUUCACAAAAAGAAAGAACUGCUACAUCUGGUCGACCUCGACCUAAAUUCCCCAUUUAAGCACGCAGGCUUAGUGUCAGUUAGACUUGCUUGUCCCGGAUAACUGGGACAGGGAACACUGAGGACCGCAGAGGCUGAGCGCUGGGAAAAAAAAAACUGAGAAUCGUUCACUAACGUACCCAACAAGGCAUGUAGGCCAAUUGCCAGUUCUUUAGGCUACCAGAAAAGGCUAGGGCACGACAUGAAGGGUAAACAAAUGGCUAACAACCCUUACAAGAAGUCUGUCACAUUGUAAGCUGCGUCAAGCUAGACAUAUCUCGCCACUUAAAGAGCGGUCCCAGGACAGCUGACAUAAGCAUACAUAGAAAUAAACAUAUAAAAAAUCAAAUGAUUUAUUUCAUGUACAUCUAACGUCAAUAUAUUAAGUAAAGGAACAGCUAGACAACGUGUGAAAAACCAAACAAGUACAUAAGAUAAGAAACGGGAAAACAAAACAAACUGAAAAGUAGCAGAGCUGAGCUACCGCUUACAACUGAAACAAAUGCGGUAAGACGGAGGCCAGAAAAAACCUGCCCAAAAAAACCCGAAGGGCAAAAAUGCGGGCAGGAAAUCUGGGUAGGAACCAAGGGUCAAGCUCAAAGCCCUUCCUACGGGACUUUACAAUGUAAUCGACAAUAGACUGCUCCUAAAAAAAAAAACAAAAACAAAAACAAACAAAAAAAAACUAAAGAAAAAACCAAAGAGAGGUUGGUUCACGUGAUAUACGCAGCUUUACAUACCCCCGAUAUGGCUACCCAUGGUGUACCCGGCCUAGUACCCAGGCCCUGUUGUAUCUCUUGCCGUCAAAAUAUUUAUUGCUGCCUUCUUCGCGGGCUCAUUCCCCAGAAAUAACAUUUUUCACAUCCAUUUUCAGACCUGGCAUCUAAGAAAUUAUGUCAUCAUCUCUUAGAUUCAACGCCAACCAAAGAGAUUUCUUAUUCGCAUAAUUAUUUCUCUUUCUUUCUUAUACAUUAGGAAUUGAAACGAUAAAUACGUUCAUACACUCCCGUAGUUUCCUCAAAAACCAUACCCGAUUCCAGACCAAAAUGCAUGGGCAAAAUGCAUACCCAUUUUCAGACCAAUACGGCGCAAAAACCAUACCCUUUGGGGCGGCACAUACCUUUAUGACUUAGAAAAAGGAUUAUACCCCGGGUGGCGGUGGCAUCAACUGAUCUCAAAUGCAGCCGUCGCAACACUGAGAUGGAUUGCAGAAAAUCGCCAACUAGGCAAGAACUAAUGCUCCCAAAUUUAUUAAGCGAAAAACCUGUUGCAUAUAUACACUUUCCUCGCUAAAAUCACAAAGCGAUCCCUCAAGAUGACACUUCUGCAAUCCAUUUCAAUCAACUUUGCGUUUGAAUGCAUUCGAAAUAUCGAACACUCUUACAUCCUCAAAAACAGCUCAUUCUCUCUCGCCCCCGCAGAGGCCUCUUUGUAUCGUAGGGAGGCUGGAGAAGGGAGAGAAGAAAGCGCGCGGGGGACAAUGGAAAGGGGAAAGAGAAGAAGCGAGGUUUUUCCCUCUUCCCAUCGUUCCCCGCGCGCUUUCCAUGAUUUUCCGGUUAUUGCUAUUUUAUACCCAACGGGAGCCUCUGCGGAAAUUAAACGUAUUGGGAGCUCAGCUUUUAUUAAAAGGACGAGUCACUCCUUUUUUUUCAUGGUAACAAACAGUUAAACAAGCCGAACCGCCAGAGUAAGGAAAAAGGUUCUGCGAAGAAAACAAUUCUUAAAAAUUAAAAACACCCAUAGAGAUUUUACCUCUACCCCGAGGUUUAACUUAAAUUUUGUAGUUAUUAUAUUUUUAAAAUUGUAGUUUUCUUUGGGCACUUGCGUGUUUCAUCUACCGUUGCGAAUGCGUUCCAUAUCAUUAAUUAACCUGGACAAGGUGUUUAACUAAACUGCCUUUUAAACAACAACAGUUUAACUACUAUUGCCCCAAAGAAACGCUUUUUUCUGAUUAUUUUGUUGCUUGAUUUUUGCUAUGUUUCUUCUUUUCUUUGUGGCUCCCAAGCUGAUAAAUGGCUAUUUUACGCGUUUUCAACCGGUUUGUUUCCUCUUCAUUAGAAAUAAUCUUUAUUCCUGUCCACCAGAGAAUGUUAAAAGUCAGGCCUACGUCACCCUCGUUCGUCGUUGUCUGGAAUACGCCUGCAGGGUAUGGGACCCACAUACUCAAAGGCAUUGCCAAGAUAUUGAAGGAAGAAACUGUAGUUUUCUUUGGGCACUUGCACGUUCCAUCUACCGUUGCGAAUGCGUUCCAUAUUUGUAAUUAACCUGGACAAGGUGUUUAAUUAAACUGCCUUUUAAACAAAAACGGUUUUAUUGCACUAAAAACACGCUUUUUUUUCUAAUUAUUUUGUUGCUAGAUAAAUUUUGACUACCUGUUGUUAUGUUUCUUCUUUCUUUUGUGGCUCCCAGCUGAUAAAUGACUAUUUUACGCGUUUUAUUGCAACCGGUUUGUUUUCUCUUCAUUAGAAGUAAUCUUUAUUCCUGUCCACCAGAGAAUAUUAAAAGUCAGGCCUACGUCACCCUCGUUCGUCGUUGCCAAGAUAUUGAAGGAGUACAACGGUAAGCCGCCAGAUUGGUAAAAAAAAAAAAAGCUACGAACGGGAACCGGGUACAGUCAUUAAUCUCCUGAACGAUUUGAACUGGCAUUCACUAGAGCUGAGACGCAAAACUGCACGACUUACCACCAUGUACAAAAUAGUGAACGGUCAAUAUUCUGGAGUACAUUGCACGCCCAACCCGUGUUACAUGCUCUUCCCAUAGCAGCAAGUUUAGAAACAUUUUAGUAACAGCAAUAUGUACCUAUAAGUACAAUUUUUUUAACUAGAACUCUAAAAGAAUGGAACACUUUCCUUUUUAUUAGAUCAGCCCUUCGUGGACGCAUUUAAAUCUGCUGUUACUAAUUAUUUUAAUCUCCCUCAUUGACUUUACACAUUAGUGAUUUUAUACAUCAUUUUAUUUUAUUAUUUAUUUAUUUAUUAUUAUUAUAUAUUAUUAUUAUUGUUGUUUUUUCUGUUUUGCACAUUUACAGUGAUAGGAAAAAAUAGAAAAGCGCUCAACCGACUGAGCCAUUCCUGCUGCGGUACUUUCCUCACUCUAAAAUGUCAUUUUUGGGUGUAAGAGUUUCAGGAUAUCAAUUGAGUUGUCCUAUUUCACCUGCCCGAAACCGUUAUGUUGUAUCAAAUACUUGUUAUUAUUUUACAAAAAGCCCAAUAAAAGCAUCGCCAGUUCAAAAUACUGAUAUUGUUUUUUUAUUGACAUUUUGUCGCUGGUUAAAGUUUUGUCUUCCCCUUUUUUGAUCUAAAAAUUGCUUAGUUUAUAGACGUAUAGCCGAAGAUUAAAUUUGCAACGCCUGUAAAUUAAAAACCUGUUUGCUCCAGUAGUUUUGAACACGUGUCGCUUCAGUUUGCUCCCUUUCAAGAUAGUUAUUAAUACAAUAGAACCUUCCAUGGUUGUGCGAAAAUCUGUCGAAAUGCAGAAAAAGAACGCCCUAAAAUAAGUAAAGAUGCCUUUAGGAGCGUCCUUUUUAACUGAACUCAGGAUGUGUUUAAUGGACUUUUGUGUCUUCAGUGAACCAAAACAAGAAAACAACCAGCUCCCUUUCAAGUGCGUUAGUAAUACACUAAGAAUCACCUGACCGGAAGAGGAAAGUUGUUUAGGCUCAUCAGUAACAACAUGAAUUCAAUACUGACUCUACAAAGUUCGAUUCACAACGUCGCGUCGACAGUCCGUCACAUAAUCAGCUCAGCAUGAAAGAUGAGCUCUAUAAUUUAUAAGCCUUAUGGUAGCUACUUAACUGAAUCCCAAGGAGAUAGUAGAGUACUAAAGUGAUGACGUCACAAAAAUUAAAUUUCUGAAAUUAUGGGAUUUGUCAGGAUAUUCUGAAAGAACAAUGUCCAAGAGGCCUACUUACCAAAAAUGAGCAUUUCGGGGCAAAUUACCUCUGAGAUGUUAGCUGGUUAUACUCAGAAAACUCCAUAGAAACCCUUCUAAUUUUUUGGGGGGUCGACCCAAAAAAAUUUAGAGGGGUUUGUAUGGAGUCUUCUAAGACUGGGCUACGAUCUCAGAGGCAAUUUGCCCCGAAAUGCUCAUUUUUGGCAAGUAGGCCUCUUGGACAUUGUUCUUUCUGAAUAUCCUGACAAAUCCCAUGAUUUCAGAAAUUUCAUUUUUAUGACGUCACACUUUAGUACUCUAUCGCUGCAUAGAGUCGGACUAUUCCAGUCAUGCACUUGAGGUGCUCAUCUUGUUUUUCAAUCUGACCGUCUGAACACAGAAAGCCAAGGGAGCGAAGAGAUUUCAUAGUUUACAAUAUUGGUUACUAAGGCUGACUAACAAAAUAACAGACAAAUGAACUGUCGGCUAUUUGAGUGUCCAUGUAUUUAGCACGAAAGUAUUAAUUGAGGACACCAUUUUUACGUCUCAUACUGGAGAUGCAUGGGACCUACAUUUUAUGUGGUCAUCUAAGCCACGCAAAGGUCUAGCCAUUUGCAGCAGGGCAAAGGCAGUUUCUUCAUUUCUCAGUCAUAUCAAGAACGUCAGAACGGGCUAUUGAUUAUUGAAACCCGCGACCUCCCGCUCAAGCUGUCAAGCGCCUUUCCGACUGAGUAGCCUACUAGCAAGCUCUCCGGGCCGCUCUAGCGCUAGAGAGCCACGAAAAACUUGCUAGAGGGUUUCAAUGGCGUGGUAGCUUUGACGGUUGGUGGUGAAAUUUUUCCAAUUUUGACGGUUGACGGUUAAAGUUUAGAGUUUUUGACAGUUGACAGUUAUGCAUUAGGUUCAGCAGAUGUAAAGGUAAAGGUCGGCAUCUAAAUCAAGGCUGUUCCAAAGUCGCUUCAAAUUCCCGGCCAGGCUAGGCGGGAAGAAUGGCUGAGCCGUUUCAAAGUGAAAGAGGCGUUCCUAAUUGGAAGUCACGUACUUAAGGUGGCUGAACACAGUUUUGGCAGUUUGUGAUCCAUAUAUGUCAUUUGCCAAAUCAUGGCAAGAGAAAGGUCGCAACUCACAAGCUGAAACUUGGCAAGUGAAAAAUAUACUGAUGAAAGAUUUUGAUUAACAUUUAAAAUUUGACGUUUCUGUAGUUUCCAUGGCAACAUGAAUGGUUGAAUACAACCAUAAAAUUUCACUUCUACUCAGUUUACAUAAAAUUCGCUCAUUGGAUUUUCCUAUAAACUUGCACACGGCUUACUAGAAUAAAUCAUUACCAUUUGAAUCUUAUUUGACCAAAUUAUAACAGACGGGUUCUAGAAAAUCAAGAUUUUAAUUGUAUUGUAAUUAUUAAAUGGUCACAAAAUUUGUCUGUUCAACUUCCAUUGUAAAGUUCUCAUUAUUAAAAAUACAAUUAAAGUAAAAAUUCUGGCAAAUAUCAUAAAAUUCUAAUGACUAGAUUUUGACAAAUCGUGUUCUGUGUACCAUUGCUCUUUCGGCACCAUGUUUGUUUGUCUAAUUUAAAACACGCGCCGUCACGCGAGUUACCGCUGACCGCCGGCAAACUGUGUUCAGCCACCUUAAGGUGGCUCGAUACAGUUUUUCAGGGCCAACACCUCCCAAGUUUGAGCAUAAACUACGUCGCCAUAAACAAAGUUUUGUAAAAAUUGCCACCACAGUUGUAUUAGAUAAAGAUGAAAAUUUGUUAUGAUCAAGGUUGCAACGGCAUCGGAGUUGUCAUAGCAACGAAAUGACGCUAUUACCUAUUUUACUUGCAGCAGUAUAUCUCGGCACUGAGAACUGUUCUUCCGAAAUCGUUCACGGGAGCUUUUUCCUCCAAUAGCGGCCUCGAUGUUCGUGAAGUUUAAGAGAAAUCUGUAAGAGCGUUUUCGAGAUAUUUUGGGAUGAAGUUUUUAUGGUUAGGAACACAGUAAAAAAUGGACAAUAUUGUUGUUUGGCCGUUAUCUGUAGAAAAUGAAGCGCUUUUUAAAUGCAAUUUCACCUCAUAGUAGUUUCAAUCUUUUUAAAAACGUGUGUGAAAAAUCAUGGAGAUAGCUCCAGCCGAUUGCUAGAAAGAAGGGUUUUAUUAGUAUGUAUCGAAGCGCUCUUGUUAGCGGUUUUGCAAACAUUUUGGUCUUCUUUAACAAAUUAGGGAAUAAUUUUUAAACCGGUCGAUAGAUUUUUUUUAAAGUUUAAGAUUCUUGAGAUUAACCUUUCUUUGAUAUGACCUUUUAGUUUCAAGAUUAUUGAUACAUCGUAAGGCAGUAAAAUAAGGGCUACAAUUCGUUACUUUUUUAUCGGAAGUUUCGUGAUUACAAGUGAAAGCCUCUCAUUAUUCAGGGCAUUGUCUGUGCAAGUUUCAUUUUCACGUGAACAACAGUAACUAACAAUGCAUUUGACAUAUGCAAAAAUACUAGCUAUUGUUAUGCGCGAAAAUAUGAAACUUGUAGACAAUACCCUGAAUAAUGAGAGGCUCACAUUUGUAAACACAAAAUUUCUGCCAAAAUUUUGGCGAAUUGUAGCCCUUAUUUUACUGCCUUACAAUAUAUCAAUAAUCUCGAAACUAAAAGGUCAUAUAAAAUGAAGGUUAAUCUCAAGAUUCUUAAUUUUUUAAAAAAAUCUAUCGAGCGGUUUAAAAAUUAUUCGCUAAUUUUUUAAAGCAGGCCAAGAUGUUCAAAAACCGCUAACAAAAGCGCCUCGAUACAUACUAAUCAAAUCUUUCUUUCUAGCAAUCGGCUGGACCUAUCUCCACGGUCUUUCACACACGUUUUUAAAAAGAUUGAAACUACUAUGAGGUGAAAUUGCAUGUCAAAAGCGCUUCAUUUUGUACAGAUAACAGCCGAACAUUAAGAUUAUCCAUUUUUUACCGUAUUAUAACAACAAAAUCUUUAUCCCAAAAUAUCUCGAUAACGCUCUUGCAGAUUUCCCUUAAACUUCACGAACAUCGAGGCCGCUAUUGGAGGAAAAAGCUCUCGUGAAUGAUUUUGGAAGAACAGUUCCCAGUGCCGAGAAAUACUUCUGUAAGUAAAAUAGGUAAUAGCGUCAUUUCGUUGCUAUGACAACUCCGAUGUCAUUGCAACCCUGAUCAUAAAAGAUUUUCAUCUUUAUCUAAUACAACUGUGGUGGCAAUUUUUCCAAAACUUUGUUUUAUGGCGACGUAGUUUAUGCUCAAACUUGGGAGGUAUUGGCCUUGCAAAACUGUAUCGAGCCACCUUAAUUCAAUGUUCGGCUCAUGAAAAGUUCUGCGUCCAUACCGGGCCUAACAAGAUGUCUAACAAGUAGCCGCAGGCAAGUUUCUUGAGAAUUGAAUUAUAUCUUCUUCAUCAAAGAUAAAGGCAAACUCCUGGCUGAACAAAAAGUUUUAAGCAAGGAGUUGGUGAAAGAAGGCACGCAAUAGCUGUGGGAAAAUAUUUCGAACGUAUGUUUAGCUUGCCAAGAAGUAGAGAAAAGAAAAGCCGACUGAUCUGUCCCGUGACCGGACGAUAGGGCCUCCAGAAACUGAGGAGAUACCGUAAAAUUCCGAAAAUAAGCCCCUCGUAUAAGGCCCUCCAAAUAUAAGCCCUCCAAAUCGGUAACGCAAAAAACCCUCCGUUAAAUCGCCCCUCCAAAUAUAAGCCCCCGGGGGCUUGUACCUGGAAAAUUGCCCUCAAAUACAAAGCAAAACAAAACAAACGCAAAAUUUCCCUCCGUAGAUAAGCACCUCCGAAUAUAAGCCCCUCCAAAAAUAAGCCCCUCUAAAAGGGCCUUUGAAAAAUAUAAGCCCCGGGGCUUAUUUUCGGAAUUUUACAGUAUAUUAAUGUAUAUACAAAAACGAAUCUGAUAUCCAGCUCUCAUAUAGUCUAAAAGAGUAAAAGACAAAAAAAUAAACGCCGAUUAAACGCGAGACACGACACGAAGACACAGAUGGGUUAAAGAAGGUUAGAAACGUGCUAACUAUUUUCGUUGGUGUGGGCUCAGUAUUAAGACACAAAAACGCCAAAUGGUUUAAAAAAAAAGCACCAAAUGAUAACUGGCCAUGAAUUAUACUUUAUCAGUCAUAUUCAUUGUCAUUUUUAAUUUAAUUUUCAAUUCAACUUAAAAAUUAAAAAGAGAUGUCGACAAUUCUUUUUUACUUUCUCUUACUCAUAGACAAGUAGUUUAGGUCUAAGGCUAAGGGGUUUACCUGUGGAAAAUGAAAUAUUAGCUUUAACUUUGGCAUAGAUGAUGGCGUUGAAUCGAAAUUUGGCACAAGUAAAGAACUCAUCGUCCUUAACAUUUUUAAGUAUAAAUUUUUUGUUAAUAAGAUGUAACGUGACUAUUUCCUUAAAAAUCGUAAGUUAUUGACCAAUUGGUGGCCGGUUGAAAAGAAAUUGAGCAAUAACACCUUUCUAAUUUAUAUUAUAAAUACUUCUAACACUUCACGUUUGGAAUGACCGUCCAUUGCACUUCAAUAAAACAUUAUGAGGGAAAACAUCAUUUGAAAUGCCCAAAUUUAAUCUUGAAUUAUUUAAAAAUGUUUUUUAAACGUCUCGUACAUUCAUUCCAAACGUAGAAAUACCAAUUUGUUUAUCCUGCAAUCAAAGUAAAUUCGCCACCAAUUCGCCAAUUUCCUUCAUUUUCAAUUUUUGAUCACGUGACAUGUCACGUGACCAUAGUUAAACGUUAAGGCACAAGAAAACCUCAAGAUUUACGUUAAAAGAAAAAAAAUCAUUUUGUUCUAGGUCUCCUAGCGAGAGACAUUGCCAAUCAUCCAUAUGCUCAGAACAAACCUCUGACCCAGGCCUUUCACCUCUUGAGUAGGAAAACCUUUGUCACAGUGGGUCAUCGAGGAUUAACGUGGAUUGAGAAGACAGUUCAAACUUGAAAACUUGAAUCAUUUCUUAACUUCUGUUUUUUGCCGAAUUAAAUUUAUCAGUCAAUCCCAGGUGUAAAAAUUAUCCAAGACGGGAGUAGAAUAAGGCCUUUUAUUAAUAAAAAAGGGUGUUGACAGACUUGAACUUACAGGAAUUUUAUAAAAUUCGUGCGGAAUAUCUUCCAAGCCUUUAUAACUUUUCUCUAGUUUCUUGUCUGUUUGCGAUUUGGGUUAAGGAUCUUGUUAAAUUGCAAGAUGUUUCCUCGUUUUGAUGAUUAUCUUUUGAAUGCCGCCAGCCUUUCAUCGGCAUGGCCUUAGCACUUUUUGUAAGUCGACUAAAGCUUAAUGUUAUGCUGCGUGAUUAUUUGUGGUGGUAAAAGUUUUUGGUAGUAAAUUAUGACGACACAUCUACCAAGUUAUUUCUCAGUAUGACAGGUAUACACCGCACAGUUCUUUGUAUGAAUAAUUUCCGUUUUAUAUGAGCAAGUACGUACCGGUGGGGUGAAUAGAUUUGGAGGCAAAAACUUUGACAAACUGUUUAUCUGUUUCAACAUUAAAAGCUUUACAAGCCGUAGUCUAGCAUCGCCAGUUUCCUUUCGUCAUAAACUUUCAACAGUAGCAAAACAAUUUUUUCUUUUCAGUUAGAGAAGACGCCAAUUUGAAUGUGCAUUUUACAUGAUUAAGGAGCGAGGAGCCGCUAAUUUCUAGUUAAGAGUGCACAAGGAACAGGGAAAAUUGCCAUCUUCUAAGCGGCGUCAAAUUGACGACUCUUGGAUACAAUAUUUUGAAUCAUACAUUCAGUUGCUUUCAGCUAAAGUUUUUAAUUAAUUCUAAACAAAUUGGGGGCUUAAUUAACCUUUAUUAAAAGGACGAGUCACUCCUUUUUUUCAUAAUAACAAACUCUUAAACAAGCCGAACCAUACUAGUAAGGAAAAAGGUUCUGCAAAGAAAACAAUUCUUAAAAAUUAAAAAUGCCCACAGAGAUUUUACCUCUACCCCGAGGUUUAACUUAUAUUUUGUAGUUAAAUUUUUGUCGAUUUUAUUUAAGACUUAAUUUGCGCCUUUCAUCUACCGUUGAGAACUUUUCGUUCCAUUUCAGUAAUUAACCUGGGCAAGGUGUUUAUUACACAAAAACAGUUUAAAUAUUAUUGCCCCAUGAAAUGCUUCUCUAGUUAUUUUGUAGCUUGAUAAGUUUUGACUACCUGUACGUAUUUAAAUGACAAAUUGGAUAGUUAACGUGUGUAUUUCCUCACUUCCCGGCGCCUGUGGAAAAUGUGCCCCAAGCACGCAUUUCUUUGGAAAUGUCUUUCAGUCGAUUUAUCGACACAACCACAACCGGACUAAAAUGAAGUGUUUCUCUCCCCCGGCGCAAGUUAUGUUUCUUCUUUCCUUUGUGGCUCCCAAGCUGAUUGAUGACUAUUUUACAGGUUUUAUUGCAACCGAUUUGUUCUCUCUACUAUAACCCUUUCAAUAAAACGCAUAAAAUCGCCAUUAAACGGCUCGAGAACCACAAAGGAAAGAAGAAACAUACAACUUAGGUCCCCGGGUUAGCCAAUUAUUUUGUAUUUAUAGAGAGUGCGAGUGAGGACUAGUGGGGCUGGGGUGGGCAAAAACGCCCUCCCCCACCCAGCCCCUUAAGGUUGUUUGGUUGCGACAACGCGGGACUUGGCUUAACUUGUUGUGUAAUCUCACAAUGUCAAACGCAGAUACUCAAGAGAGCAAAGAGAUUUUAUAGUUUACAAUGUUUCUCACAAAGACACUAACAGAAUAACAGAAAAGUGAACUGUGGCUAGUUGAGUGUCAAUGUAUUUAUAGCUUGACACUAUUUUUGGGUCUUCUUCCCACUAGAGACCGGACCGCCAUUUUAUUUGGUCAUCCGAGCCAGCUUUUCAUGACAAAGGCACUGUACCUUCGUUUUUUUCAGUUAUUUUAAGACCCGAGUAUUGUUGCGGCCCCGGGAAUCGAACACACAACCUCCUGUUUUAGUAUCACACAAGCGCUCUACCGACUAAGCUAAUCCUGCCGCAGUUCUUUCACUCGUGUUAUUGUUGGGUUUAGAAGUUUGAGGAUAUCAAUUGAGUUGUCCUAUUUCCGCACCUGCCCGAAACCGUCACGUUUCAUCAAAUACUUAUUAUCAUUUUACAAAAAGCCUAAUAAAAGCAUCACCAGUUUAAAAUACUAAAUUUAUUGAAUAUUUGUCGCUGGUUCAAAUUUUGACUUCCCCUCACUUUAACCCGAAAAUUGCUUUAAAAGCAAGCACUUUUUGAAUUUACAGGUGUUGCAAAUUUAAUAUUCGGCUUUACGUCCAUAAACUAAGCCUUAGUUUAUAGUUUUCAGCUAUAGUUUUUAAUUAAUUUUAAACGAAUUGGGGGCUCAAACUUUACUAUAAGGGCGAGUCACUCCUUUUUUUCAUAAUAACAAACUGUUAAAUAAGCCGAACCGCCAACGUAAGGGAAAAGGUUUGGCGAAGAAAAAAAUUCUUAAAAAUUAAAAACAUCCAUAGAUAUUUUACCUCUACCCCGAGGUUUAACUUAAAUUUUGUAGUUAAAUUUUUUUGUAGAUUUUAUUUAACACUUAAUAUGCGCUUUUCAUCUACCGUUGAGAACUUUUCGUUCCAUUUCAGUAAUUUCCAUUUCAGUAAUUAACUUGGGCAAGGUGUUUAUUACACAAAAACAGUUUAAAUAUUAUUGCCGCAAGAAAUGCUUCUCUGGUUAUUUUGUAGCUUGACAAAUUUUGACUACCUGUACGUAUUUACAUGACAAAUUGAAUAGUUAACGUGUAUAUUUCCUCACUUCCCGGCGCCUGUGGAAAAUGUGCCCUAAGCGCGUAUUUCUUUUGAACUGUCUUUCAGUCGAUUUAAUCGAUACAACCACAACCGGACUAAAAUGAAGUGUUUCUCUCCCCCGGCGCAAGUUAUGUUUCUUCUUUCCUUUGUGGCUCCCAAACUGAUUAAUGACUAUUUUACGGGUUUUAUUGUGACCGGUUUGAUCUCUCUAUAGUCCUUUCAAUGAAACGCAUAAAAUCGCCAUUAAACGGCUCGAGAACCACAAAGGAAAGAAGAAACAUACAACUUAGGUCCCCGGGUUAGUCAAUUAAUUUGUAUUUAUAGAGAGUGCGAGUGAAGACUAAUGGGGCUGGGGUGAGCAAAAACGCGCUCCCCCACCCAGGCCCCUCAAGGUUGUUUGGCUGCAACCACGCAGGGCUUGGCUUGUUGUGUAAUCUAACAAUAUCAAACGCAGAUACCCAAGAGAGCUAAGAAAUUUUAUAGUUUAUAAUGUUUCUCACAAAGACACUAACGGAAUUAUAGCUUGAAGGUGUUAAUUGAGGACACUAUUUUUGGGUCUUCUUCCUACUAGGGGGACUGGGACUGCCAUUUUAUUUGGUCAUCGGAGCCAGCCUUUUCAUGACAAAGGCACUACAUUCAUUUUUUCAGUUAUUUUAAGACCCGAGUAUUGUUCCGGCCCCGGGAAUCGAACACAUGACCUCCUGCUUUAGUAUCACACAAGCACUCUACAGACUAAGCUAAUCCUGCCGCAGUACUUUCACUCGUGUUAUUGUUGGGUUUAGGAGUUUGAGGAUAUCAAUUGAGUUGUCCUAUAUUUCAUCUGCCCGAAACAGUCACGUUUCAUCAAAUACUUGUUAUCAUUUUACAAAAAGCCUAAUAAAAGCAUCACCAGUUUAAAAUACUUUUAUUGAAUAUUUGUCGCUGGUUCAAAUUUUGACUUCCCCUCAGUUUAAUCCGAAAAUUGCUUCAAAAGCAAGCAGUUUUUGAAUUUACAGGUGUUGCAAAUUUAAUAUUCGGCUUUACGUCCAUAAAUUAAGCGCUUAGUCAGUAUAGACGUAUAGCCGACGAUUAAAUUUCCAACACGUGUCGUUUCAGUUUCCUCCCUUUCAAGAGAGUUAUUUAAAAUACAAAAGAACCUUCCAUGGUUUUUUCAACCUUUUAGUUAUGCAAAAUCUGUCGAAAUGCAUAAAAGGAACGCCUGAACUCAGGAUGCGUUUAAUGGACAAUUCCAGUCAUGCGCUUGAGGUGUUUAUCUCCUUUUUCAAUCGGACCGUCUGAACACAGAAAGCUAAGAGAGCGAAGAGAUUUUAUAGUUUACUAUGUUUGUUACUAAGGCUGACUAACAGAAAAACAGACAAAUGAACUGUCGGCUAUUUGAGUGUCUAUGUAUUUAUUUUAGCACCAAAGUAUUCACUGAGGACACCAUUUUUGCGUGGCACUGCAGAUGCAUGGGGCCUGCAUUUUACGCGGUCAUCUAAGCCACGCAAAGGACUAGCCAUUAGCAGGGCAAGGGCAGUUUCUUCUAUUUUCUCAGUUAUAUCAAGACCCUGAGUAUGGUCCGGCCCCGGGAAUCAAACCCGCGACCUCCCGCUCAAGCAGUCAAGCGCCUUUCCGACUUAGUAGCUUGCUGACAAGCUCUCCGGGCCGCUCUAGCACUAGAGCGCCCCGGAGAGCUUGCUAGAGGGUCUCAACGGCGUGGUAGCUUUGACGGUUAAAUGACUGCCUUAAAUUUCUCCAAUUUUGACGGUUGACGGUUAAAGUUUAGAGCUUUUGAUGGUUGACAGUUAUUAAAUGCAAAUUUAGUUUCAAUUUAAAGUAAAUAUUAACUUCUGUCUGAAUUAAUAUUACUGUUGUGUUUUGGAGGUUGUCUUGGCGUUUUACUCUUACAAUUUGGAAAUGUUUUCAGAUAUAAGCAGGUUGAAUUGUUAGGUCUUGUUAUGUCUAGAAACGCGUUUCGAGAACAUGGGAACUGAUUUUUCCCUUUUAGAGAUUCCGGCUUUAGGAGCUAGAAUCCCGUGCAUUUUUUACGGUUGACGGUUAAUAUUUAGGCUGUUUGACGGUUGACGGUUAACCUCAUUGAGACCCUGAGCUCUUGCUAGCAGGCUACCGACUGAACUAAUCCUGGGUGUCUUGUAACUUAGUAGACUGUAGACAUGUAUGAUAUCAAUUGAUUUGUUUUUUCGCCUGCUUUAAGCCAUUACUCGCACCAAAUAUUUGUUAUCAUUUUACAAAAAAAGCCCAAUAAAAGCAUUCGCAGUUUGAAAUGCUUUUAUAGACAUUCUGUCGCUGGUUAAAAUUUUGACUUCCCCUUUUUUAAUCUCAAAAUUGCUUAGCAUGUUUUAGCCGAAGAAUAAAAAAGGGUUUGGAACAUGCAUCGUUUCAGUUUGCUCCCUUGCAAAACAGUUAUUAAAUACAACAGAACCUUUCCAUGGUCAGCUCUUCAACCUUUUACAGGGACCCGUUAUGCAAAAUCUGUCGAAAUGCAUAAAAAGAAUGCCUUAAAAUGCCUUUGGGAGUGUCCUCUUUAACUGAACUCACGGUGUUUAUUGACUGACUACUGUGUCCUUAUUCAACUGCACAAAGAAGAAAAACUGUUAAAAAAUAAGCCCUCUCCUUUCCCCCACAUUGUGCCUAGCUUAGUACAAAUAUGUUUAACAUGGGAUUUGAGUUUUGUUGCCUUUCGGCGGAGUGUCCUUUUUUAUAUUUACUGAAACUCAGUAAGUUUUUAUUGAACUACAAAAUAAAAAACCAGCUCUCCUUCAAGUGCGUUCUUACAGCUGAUUGGAACUGGAAAGUUCUUUAGGCUUAUCAGUAACAAUAUGAAUUCAAUAAUGAUUCUACAAAGUUCGGUUAAUAAAGGAACGACGCGUCAAUCAGCUCAGCAUGAAAGAUAAGCUCUCAAAUUUAUUGGUUUUUGUUGACAUCUGCCGUGUCAAGACGUCGCAGGGAGCAUGAAAAUUUUAAUAAAAAACGGUUCCUGAUCAGGUAUAACUGAAUGCUGUGUUUGCCGUAAAGAGGUCAGCAAACAUGAACUCAACAACAGGGAAUGGAUCGAUCGAGUCUUCAAGCUGCUUUAGUGCAACAGCGUACAAAAUCGGAGGGACCAUUGUUUUGAGUCCUGAUCAUUGCUGCUUCACUGACGGGAAAUUCUUUCAUUGUGUUGAUCAUUUAUAAAACGCCAACCUUAAGAAAACCGAUAAAUUAUUUCAUCGCAAAUAUGGCCAUGUCCGAUUAGCCUGCGAACAGCAGACGCAUUUCCGGUCGUCGCUUCUCUCCCUCCGAAAAAUAGCCACCUACGAAACUAUCAUUGAUACACCAAAAAAACUUGUGGCUCAUCGGUGGCCAGUUUGGCCAGGCCUGGUGUAAGCUUGUUCCUUUCUUUGAUGCCGUUUCCACUCUCGUUUCGAUUCAGAAUCUGGUUUUAAUAACAGUGGAUAGAUUUGUAGCCGUGGUAUUUCCACUCCGUUCUCCACUCAUCAGAUCCAAGCUGUGUCCGUUCUUCAUUCUCGGCACGUGGAUAGCCUCAGCGGCUGUCAGUUCACCACAUUUGUUCACCUACCAACUCUUUGAAUACUCAGGGGAAAUGAGGUGCGUGAUGAGAUGGAAGAAAGCAUUCGGAGAGUCCUCGUCCUUUGCCGACUACCUAUUAGCAGGCUCUAUUCUGUUUAGAUACAUCCUUGUGAUGUUGCUGAUCAUCCUUUACUCCAUCAUCAUCAUCAAGCUCAAGACACAGAAACACCCAGGUGAACAGUCCGCGAACACUCAGCAACAGAGGAACAAACGAAACACAAACGUGCUUCAAUUGUCCAUUGCUAUCGUGUUAGUUUUUGUGUUUUGCUGGUUACCUAAUACUACCAACCUUUUAAUCAUAGGGUAUCGAGCCACUUCCAUACAUUUUUCCUGUGGUUUUUGGCUAUACUAUGAUGUCACCUACUAUAUGGCGGUCGGGUACUGUGCUAUCAACCCGAUUAUUUGCUUUGCUUUUAGCAGUAAUUACAGAGAGGGUCUUAAAAGACUCAUGAACUGUUCUUAA